UUAAAUUAUUGGGGGAAGACAAAGCUAGCAGGGGAAAGCAACUCUUUCUCUCUCUCUAUUGUGUACUUCUCCCCAGCCAAAAAAUCCCCAUUGCAAAACGCCUCACCUACUGACUUGUCAAUCUUUAUAUCUGUUCUCUCAUGCAGGCCAUCACUCUCUUCUUCUUCUUCUCCUUCCUUGAGAAAUAGAAUAAAUACACAAAUUUUAUACAUCUUUUCACUUGUGGGCUAAGGAUUUUGGUGGUGGGUUUCUAAUUGAAGAUGCCAAGGCCGGGGCCAAGACCUUAUGAGUGUGUGAGGAGAGCAUGGCACAGCGAAAGACAUCAACCCAUGAGAGGCUCUAUCAUUCAACAGAUUUUCAGGGUCGUCCAUGAGAGUCAUAGCUCUCAAACUAGAAAGAACAGGGAGUGGCAACAAAAACUGCCUCUUGUAGUGUUAAAAGCCGAAGAAAUCAUGUACUCGAAAGCUAAUUCUGAGGCUGAGUACACGAAUCUUGAUACAUUAUGGGACCGUGUAAAUGAUGCCAUUAACACGAUUAUAAGAAGAGACGAGAGCACUGAAACUGGAGAGCUUUUGCCGCCUUGUGUUGAAGCUGCUCUUAAUUUGGGCUGCAUUCCUGUGAGAGCGUCGAGAAGCCAACGGCACAGUAACCCUAGGACUUAUCUCAACCUGAGACCACAAGAAUCUCCAUCCAUGCCUCCCAGACUUGUUGAUAGAGCUGUUGAUGAACAAUGCCCUAAGUUAUCAGCACUUCAUUCUGGAAGUUCAUUAAACUUUGCAAAAUCUUCUACAAACUUGAGUUCAACUUAUUCAGUUUCUCAAUCAAAUUGCCAUGUUAUUGGAAAUGAUAACCUAGCAGCUCCGCAUAGUUACUCUUCUUUUACUAUCCCUCCUGGCCAUAACAGGAUGAUGACAGAGGAAACUAACAACCCAAUGAAGUUGGGUUCAGUUUAUCCGUUGUAUUAUGGAACUCACUUUGGAACUGAAGAUCCCCGGUUAGGCUCUCAGGUUUCAGAAAAUGUUAAAGCUACCCCUAUAUUUGUUGGCAAACCUGUUGGAAUGUCAAUUCCAGAGCCUUCUGAAAUGGUUGUCUCUCAGAAUCUUUUCUCCUGUCCAGGCUCUGAUAUUACUUCUAAGAGAAUCACACAACAGGAUUUUAGGGAAACCCACAAGAGGCCACUUGCUACAGACUGUGAUUUAUCCUUGCGAUUGGGCCUUGUUGCAGGCUCCUGUAUGAGCAUGGAUAGAAGUUCUGCUCAUGAAACUGAAGAUGCUGGUUCAAGUAGUUCUCAGGAAGAGAAGUUCAUCAAUCAUUCUUCACAAGGAAGGAAGGAGUUCAGUUUCUUUCCAGGGAAGACUGCUGAUGAUCCCUUUGAGUCCUGUUCAACUAAGUGGUUUCCUGAUGGUGAAUUUCACAAUUUAGAGGCAACCGUUAGAAAGUCUAAGGCACCAUUCCAUGACAAUCUGGACAAUGUACAAUUUUGCUUGCAGCCAGGGCUUCCAUCCAACCAAGUCACUGGUCGAAUAAGAGGACCAGGUUUGUAGACACUUUUUUCCAACUUGUAGCUUAUAUAAUUGAAAUUUAAGAUGCCUCAAAUCUAAUGGAGAAUCAUUUUGCAA